CUUUGUUCCUCGCGCAAGUGGUGGGUCGCAUUAAACUGUACAUAUAAUACCAUUUAGCUUCGAUCUGCAUUCCUUGGCAAUAGUCUCCGCUGUCGCGGCCUUUCGCACCAGCCUCGCGCGGGCUCACUCGCAACCAUGUCCGACGAUGAAAUGGAGGAUUAUGGCUUCGAGUACUCGGACGAGGACCCCGAAGAGGAAGACGUCGAUAUCGAGAACCAGUACUAUAAUGCGAAGGGCAUGCUAGAAGGCGACGACCCGCGGGAAGCCAUUGACGGCUUCAAGCAGGUGGUGGAGAUGGAGCAGGAGAAAGGCGAAUGGGGCUUCAAGUCGCUCAAGCAGCUGGUGAAGCUGCACUACAAGUUGGGGCAGUACGCAAAGAUGAUGGAAUCCUACAGGCUGAUGCUGUCGUACGCGGAGGGGUCCACCAUCACCAAGAACGCCUCGGAAAAGAAGAUCAACAGCCUGCUGGACUUCAUGGGCGGCGCCUCCGACAUGCAGGUGCUUCAGGAGUUCUAUGAGGCCACGCUGAAGGCGCUGGAGAAGGCCAAGAACGAGCGGCUGUGGUUCAAGACGCAGCUCAAGCUGGCCAACCUGUGGUUCAAGAAGCAGGAGUACGGCCGCAUGGCCAAGAUCAUCCGCGAGCUGCACAAGUCUUGCCAGAAGGAGGACGGCAGCGAGGACCCGAAGAAGGGCACUCAGCUUCUGGACAUCUACGCGCUGGAGAUCCAAAUGGCCACCGAGCAGCGCAACAAUAAGAAGCUCAAGAAGCUGUACCAGCAGGCCCUGACGGUCAAGUCAGCCAUUCCUCACCCACGCAUCAUGGGCAUCAUCCGCGAGUGCGGCGGCAAGAUGCAUAUGCACGACGAGCUGUGGAGCGAGGCAGCCACGGACUUCUUCGAGGCGUUCAAGGCGUACGACGAGGCGGGUGUGGGGCGGCGUGUGCAGUGCCUCAAGUACCUGGUGCUGGCCAACAUGCUCAUGGAGAGCCGCGUGGACCCCUUCGACGCCCAGGAGGCCAAGCCCUACAAGCAGGACCCGGAAAUUGUGUCCAUGACCAACCUGGUGGCAGCCUUCCAGCGCAACGACAUCAACGACUUCGAAAAGAUCCUGCGCACCAACAAGCGCACCAUCAUGGACGACCCCUUCAUCCGCAACUACGUGGAGGACCUGCUGCGGAAGAUCCGGACACAGGUGCUGCUGAAGAUCAUCCAGCCCUACACGCGCGUGCGCAUCCCCUUCAUCGCCCAGAAGCUCAACAUCCCCGCGCCCGACGUGGAGCAGCUGUUGGUCUCACUCAUCCUGGACGGCCGCGUGGCGGGCAACAUCGACCAGGUGAACCAGAUCCUGGAGGUGGGCAGCCGGCAGGAGGGCGCGCGCAAGUACACGGCGCUGGACAAGUGGGCGGCGCAGAUUGGGUCGCUGCACUCGGCGGUGCAGAACAAGCUGGUCAUGAACACGGCGUGAGGAGCGGCAGCAAGAAGAGCGGCAGCGGGAGGACUGUAAGAGCAGGGGCGGGAGUGGGCGGGGGAAUAGGAGCGGGAGGAUGAGAGGGCAACGGGAGACCGGAGGAUGGGUGCUGUUGGGCGGCAGGGCUGCCGGGGAGCGCAGGAGGCGAUAGUAGGACUUGGCGGACUGGUGCAAGGCGGAGGCUGACUGGCGCAGGUGCGGUAGGGUAGUGCGCUCCAGUGAUGCGGAAUCGCGGUUACAGGGAAGACUGACUGGGUUUGCGAGGAACUGAGGACUGUCUUAGGAACAGGAGCUUUAUGGAGGGGUUUUAGGGCUGCGGCUCGGGCUUGUGUGGCGUUUGUGUGUCGUUCGGCGUGGUCCAGGUCAGCGGGGGGGGGGGGGGGGGGCGUGCUUAAGUGCAGCUGACGUUGCGUUGCGUUACCGAGGUGGCUCACUUGGCUUCAGUUUUGGAGGUACAUGGCGAAACUGAAGGCCAGUUAUAGUAGCAGGCAAGCGGAGCAGUCAUUAGAUAACAACUAAGCUUGCACAGCGACACAGUUGCACCCCGUUACAUCAAGUUACAGCAUCUUUUGUGGGUGGACGGUGUUGUGGUGGCUGUGCGAUGGGACAGUGAUAAGGCAGGUUAAGGCAGGCUGUGUCAUGGGCUGGUCAGCGCGUGCUGCUGAAAGCCCGCAGCCCCGAGCGGCCGAGCCGUUCCCGCUUUCUGCAAGCAUGCUGCUUUCGAAGCAUGCUGCGCCUAAGCUGAGGAGACCGGCGCGUGUGGAAGUGAAUUUGUUAGUUUGUUAUCGCACAUGGCGUGCGCUCGCGCCCUUCGGCACUACAUCAUCGGCGCCUUCCGUCCUGGUCCGUGGCACGGAACUGGUGUAAGCCUGCCCUUGCCUGCCUUGAUCCCGCACUUCUCAGCCACCAAGAGACAUACCCCACGAGCAUACCCGAGUAGCCGCGGCCGCCGUUACAAGCGCUGCUGUGGGGGGAGAGUAGCUCGAGUCAUUCGUCACAUGUGCAGCAUGGGGCAUUGGGGCUUUAACUUUGGCCAGCAGCCAGCGCUUGCCUCAGCCCCUCUGCGCAGAUGGCUUUUAUGUGUGUGCCCGCAAAAUUAUCCGGGUAGCGGCGGAAAGGCACACCUUCUGCGUCAGUGCCCUCCUCCGCUCGCGCGGCCCUUCGGGCCGAGGGAGGCCGACGCAAUUACUCGUGUCAGCACGCUGCCAAAGCAUGCUUCUGCUUUUCCCUGCGCAAAUGUGUACGCACGUAUCAGGGUACAUUGUAACAGAAGCAGGUU